AUGUCAUACUGUGACAGCGUUAAGGUGGCUGUACGUGUGAGGCCUUUCAGCAAGAGGGAGAAAGAUGCGGGAAGUAAAUGCAUCAUUUCUAUGAAAGCCAACAGCACUUCAAUUUGUGAUCCAAAGAACCCUGAUCAUGAGAAAUCAUUUAAGUUUGAUCUGGCAUAUUGGUCCCAUAAUGGAUUUUUAAAGAACAAGGAUGGGAGUCUAGUCCCAAAUGCCACAGAUAGCAGAUACGCAGAUCAGAAAACAGUGUUUAAUGACCUUGGAAAAGGUGUGUUAAAUAACGCUUGGCAAGGUUAUAAUGCGACACUACUCGCUUACGGACAGACGGGCUCUGGAAAGAGUUAUUCUAUGAUUGGAUAUGGGGCUAACAGAGGGAUCAUUCCUGUUAUUUGUGAAGAGCUUUUUCAAGCUAUUGAAAAUAAUCAAGAGAAAGACAAGAGAUACCAGGUAACAUUUAGCAUGCUGGAAAUUUACAAUGAGCAGGUCACAGAUUUGUUGUCUAAAACCAAGAAGUCUGGUGGUCUAAAAGUGAGAGAGGACCAGAAUCAAGGGUUUUAUGUUGAUGGACUCCGUUUGGUGCCUUGUGAAAGUUAUGCACAAAUUGAGAGGCUAAUGGAACAAGGGAAAAAAAUAAGAACCACUGCCUCAACCAGCAUGAACGCUAACAGCAGCCGAUCUCACAUGGUGAUCACUAUCCAUUUCAAACAGAUUUUCUUGAGUGAAGACAUUACUAAACAAUCCAGUAUAAACUUGGUGGACCUGGCAGGAAGUGAAAGACAAAGGUCCUCUGGUUCUGAAGGAGACCGUCUUCGGGAAGGCACAAGUGUUAAUCUCAGUUUGACAACGUUGGGAAAUGUAAUAAGUGCUCUGGCUGAGGCUACCAUGGGAAAGAAAGUUUUGCAUAUUCCAUACAGAGAUUCUGUUCUGACAAAACUACUACAGUCAGCACUGGGAGGCAAUAGUAGGACAAUUAUGAUUGCUGCUAUAAGUCCAGCUGAUAUCUGCUAUGAGGAGACUUUGUCAACGCUCAGAUAUGCCGAGAGAGCAAAGAAGAUUAAGAACAAAGCGGUUGUGAAUGCCAGCCCUACAGAGCGUCUUAUUAAAGAGCUAAAGACUGAAAACAACAAGUUGCUGACCCGGCUUGCAGGACUAGGGAAUUCUGGGAAAAGAAUGGAACAAGAAACAAAACUACGUCGUUUACUGACUGAGAAUGAGCUGCGUAUCCAGGCAAUGCAGAUGACUUGGGAACAUCAACUGCAGGAGGCCAGAAAGGAAUGGGAGCAGCAGUUUGCAGCAAUUACACAGGAAAGACGUAUGAUGAAGACUUACCCUUACCUCCUAAAUAUUAACGAGGAUCCCCAGCUUUCUGGAGUGUUAAAACAUUUUAUUCAAGAUGGACCAUCUGAUGUUGGCCAUUUAACCUCAAAUGCAAUAACUCUUAGAGGCUUAGGCAUUUUACCCAAACAUGCCAGCUUCAUCAAUAGUGAGAAUAAGGUGACGGUAAAACCUUGCGGAAAAGCAAAAAUCAUUGUUAACGGAGUACCCAUUUUUACAAAUACUAAGCUCCAGCAUCUGGACCGUAUUAUACUUGGAUCAAACAGUGCCUACCUGUAUAUUGGAUUUCCUGCUGAGCGUGGCUCUGAAGAUAUCAGUAGGUUUGACUUUGACUUCUUUCAGUCUGAACUGGCAGCAGCUGAAGGGUUCAGUGUGGAUAAACUAGGUGCUAUACAUAAUAAAGAUGGUAAACCUGACCCAAGCAUCCUUGCUGUCUUCCAUGACUACAUUAAACUGAUGCCCCUGGUUGCAGAAGCAAAUCAAUUGAGUGAGGAGCUUAUGAAGGAUCUAAUAUUUGAAUUGAAGGUAAAAAAUCUGGCAUUGACUGAUUCGAGAGGCAAUGAUCUGCAGAAAGAAAUUGUGGUGAAAGUUAUAAAUAAAGUCACUCAACAGGUAUGGAUUUGGUCAAAAUCCAAGUUCAUUAACAGAAAAUUCUUGAUGGAGGAGUUAUAUAAGCGCUUUUUGGACGGAGACACUAACCUGGACAAAGCAAAUGAUCCAUUUUGGGAUCCUGUUGAAGUAAUUCAUUUGGGAUCGGCUCACAUUUGGCUGCAAUCCCUGGCCUAUUGUAUGAAACUGGAAGAACAGACUGAGCUUCUGAAUUCUGAAGGAGUAGAGGAAGCCAUACUUGUUAUUAACAUUUCCCCUUUUUCCAGUACUGGAAGGCCCUUUGGGGAAGAGGAUAUAGUCAUUGACCCUUUGGAAUUACUGGGACGAAAAUUAAUUUUACAGAUUCAAAUAGUACAGUGUCUUGGAGUCAGGUGGAUGAAAGAAAGCUUGAAAAGAGGAAUACAGAUUGGGUAUCGUUUUUAUGACAUCCAUCAAUUCUUGUACACUAACCCUGUUUGGGAGAAUGUGAACCCAGUGAUUGACCAAAAGCUUCAGUUUAUUGCCCUAAAUGUAUCUAAUGAACUUUUAUGUUAUUUACAAAGAAAUGCUCUGGUUGUAGACUUGUGGGGUCUACAAGAAGGAUGUUCAGAACUGGACUGGUCUCUUCCAGCCACAAAUAGCACAAGUGAAGGACAAAUCUUAAUUGACGGUAUGAAAACCUUACAUUCAACGUCAGCUCUUGUUGAUUCAAACAGUAAUAUUUCUGAGUUAUAUGUAAAACUACUGAAGUUAGAACAUGAAACGGAACUUCUCAGGGACAUUAAUCGAACUUUGAGAGAGGAAAAUAUUUUUUUGAAAGAGACACUGAAGAAAUCAGAGGCAGGAACAUUUGAAAAGAUAUAUUCAGAAACCCUAGAUGAAGUCCUGUCCGAGGACACUUUUGACAAGUUGGGGAGCACCUGCUAUAACCGGUUUCCUUGCCUAUGCUCUUCGAUGAAGCCACAAGGUCAUCGAUCACUUACACCAGAAACAAGGCCGAAGUUCUCUAUGAGUUAG